GGUACUUUGGUUAUUGGAGAUAAUAAUAAUCAGGAACAAAAUGAUGAGGAUGAAGAUGAUGGUACAGAAUCAUUCUAUGCACAUAGAUUUGUAUUAUCAGCAAGAUCAUCUGUUAUCAAAAAGAUGUUGGCUAGUCCUAUGAUGGAGAGUAAUCUUAGCAUCAUUGUAAUGCAAUAUCAUAGUGAUACUGUACGAUCAAUACUCAAAUACCUCUACACAGGGGCGGUUGAAUUGCUGCCCAACAACGUACUCGACAUCCUAGCUGCAGCCGACUAUUAUGACUUGGAAGAUCUGAAAGAGCAUUGUGGAUGGUACUCAAUCAGGAUAUGCAUGGAGGGUAGUAGUGAGAUUGAUAUUUGUAAGAUACUGUAUGCUGCAGAGAAUUAUAGAUUGGAGAGUAUCAAGUUGUUCUGUUUCGAGUUCAUUACACAACAUUCAAUGGAUAUAUUGCUGUCCUCACCAAAUUGGCAUCUGUUAACUGAGGAAUCUGUUAUUGCAAUACUUCAACUUGAGAGUCUACGUGUGCCAGAGGUCGAGAUCUUUGAUUCCCUUGUACGUUGGGCCAAGAGACAAUACUCCAUCCUCAUAGAGAUCACUGGUACAGACAUUGAUGAGCGUGAGUUCCUCAUGAAGAAGUUAGAGAAGCCACUCGAUUGUAUAAGGUUCGCUAGUAUGUCACCUUUUCAAUUGAUCAAUCAUAUUGAGAAGAGUGGAUUGGUCAACAAGGAUAUAAUGUUCGAGGCUUAUAGGUACUUGGCAACAAAGGAGGAACCAAGUAGGAACCAGAUGUGUAGACUUAGACAGGGCGUGAGAGACUUUAAGUUCAAUCAUCUGGGCGAUAGCAAGGGAGUGUUCCACUACUUUGGUACGAUGGAGGAUACCGAGUCCUACGAGUCACCAGCUCUGAGGAAGAUCGUCCGAGUGACCAGCUCCGAGAUGAGCAUUGGAUAUCCACAUACAUUGAUCAACAGGACUCCGACCAAUAUGUACACUGACAAGUCGGUCAAUGCUCACUUCACUGUCGACCUGGGCAGGAAGUAUGUCCUCUGUCCAAACUUCUACUCUAUGCGCUAUGGUGGAGACAGUCAGGGAUCAAUCUAUGCGGCACCCAAGAAUUGGCAGAUGAAGGGAUCUUUGGAUGGUGUGCAAUGGGACGUGUUGGUCGAUCACAAAGAUGACCUGGAGCUGAAACACGGAUAUAGUAUUGGAGGGUGGCCAGUCCAUGCCAUCCACUCAUACCGAUAUCUACGUAUUCAAAUGACUGGACCCAAUCAACGUGAUGGUUCUGAACUAUGUGUAUGUUGUUUCGAGGUCUAUGGCAGAUUGGUCAAGUUGGAGGACGAU